AUGUCUCAUCCCCUGAAAGUGACGAUAGUGGGAGCAGGCCUAGGAGGUCUAGCAUGCGGCAUCGCAUGUCGUCGUCAAGGCUUUGAGGUCUUGAUAGUUGAUCAGCUAAAGGAAUUCCUACGCCUUGGUGACAGUAUCGGAUUCGGUUCAAACUCGGCAAGGCUUCUCUAUCGUUGGGGAGUCGGGUCCAGGAUGGAGCCGAUUGCAAGCAAGAGCAGCGAGAUGCGUAUCUAUAACUUCGACUCUUCCGACAAACUCCUCGGUAUCGACGACCAAAUUGGCAAAUCUGUAGAGAAUUACGGAUGCCGCCAAAUCAUAGGUCACAGGGGCGAUUUCCAUCUCAUCAUGAAGGACUUUGCUCUUGAACAGGGCGUCAAAAUCCGACUUGGCGAACGAGUCGAAGUCUACGAUCCGAAUCAGCCGAGCAUCACGCUAUCCUCCGGAGAAGAGAUUCAGUCAGAUGUCGUAAUCAUCGCCGACGGUGUCAGAAGCAAAGGACGCACGACUGUGUUAGGUUAUGAAGAUAAACCUCAAGCGAGCGGAUACGCCAUUUACCGAUCAUUUAUGAGCGGUGAUCUCCUCAGAGAUGACCCCUUGGCGAGCAAAUUCCUCAGUGACGGCGACACAAUCCGUUUGUUUCUGGCCAAGGACAUGCAUGGCUUCAUCAGCACGUUGCAAGGUGGCAAAGAGAUCAAUGCAGUUCUGACUCAUAAAGACGUCAGCGACGUCGCGGAGAGUUGGACUAAAGAGACCUCCAAAGAAGACGUGCUGGCGUGUCUCGAGGGAUGGGACCCUGCUUUUCGGAGAGUCUGGGAAAAGAUGCCCUCGGUUAUUGACUGGAAGCUCGUGUAUCGCCCCUGUCUCGAUAAAUGGGUCGCAGACUCCGGGCUGGUUGCGUUGAUGGGCGAUGCUGCACAUCCCUUUCUACCCACUUCGACUCAAGGUGCUAGCCAAGCAAUCGAAGACGGAGCUACCAUAGCCAAAUGUCUCUCAAAAUGUGCAGGCGAUAUCCCGCUAGCCUUGCAAACCUACUUCGAAAUCCGACACGACUACGUCGCUGAAGCACAGGCGACUGGAAUCAAGCAGAGAGAUAUAUGGCACAACUUGCACGAUGAGGACAGUCAAGUAUUCAAGGAGGAGUUUGACAUCAACUCAACCAUGAUGCAAAACCUCUAUCUUUGGGAAAACGACGCCGAGAAAGUGGUUGACGAAAGAUGGGAUGAGAUUUCGAGAGGAAUCCAGUAG